UAGAACGCUUCGCCUCCAAUCAGGUCCAAGCUGUCGACCGGACGUUUACUGGUUGCUGUUUUGAUUUGGAUUGCUUCAUGGCAGAUUGUCAUUGUGUUGUGUGAGCCGAGCCAUUAGCUGUUGUUGAUAAUAUGAUCACCCUUUUUAACAAGUUACACUCCCGAUGUUUCACCUUCAGACAUCCGCGGACAGCAGCUACGGCGGCUGCCAAGGUUAACCUGUCCACAGCCCCUCCAGAACCUGUCAUUCCAUGUAAGAAGCCCAUAAAAGUGGAUCUUGUUGGAGGAAAAUGCUACUCAUGGUGCACCUGUGGAUACAGUCGGAAGCAGCCGUUCUGCGAUGGAGCCCACAAAACCAGAGCACAGGGAAUGAAGGGGCUUCGCUUUGUACCGGAGAAAGACUCCACGGUGUGGCUGUGUGGAUGCAAGCACACCAACAACCCACCUUACUGCGACGGCACACACAAACAGGACUUCAUCGUGUCUGCUCCGCUUCAUGAAUACACAGACUGAUGAAGGUGACGAACCCUGAGGACAGAGAUGUCUCUGAACUGAGUCAGUGGGAGAAACAUUUCAGAGAAAACAGCAUCAGGGCAGUUGUUUCUUUUUUUAAAUCAGUGUGACAUGUUGCCAGUAAACGAAAUGGCGAUCUAGGUUUCCACUCUUAACUUUGAAAAUGAGUGAUUUUACAGAAAUAAAAUUAUUAUUGUUCUUGAA